AUGUCGUACAACGGAGUGGGGCUGCGCACGGCGCGCGGGUCGGGCACGAAUGGGUAUGUGAUGCGAAACUUGAGCUAUGUGAAGCCUGCGCACAUCCGUGAACGCGAGCGGCAGGCGCAGAUGAAGUACGCGAUGCUGGAAGAGCCGCACAACAAGCACCCCGUGAACAAGCAAAUUUUGCUGCACGAGAAGAAGCGACAGGUUGAGGUCAAGGUGAUGGAGCUUCGCGACGAGCUGGAAGAACAAGGUUGUGACGACGAUGAAAUUGAGGAAAAGUGUGCUGCGUUUCGUGAGAAGAUUCGAGCGCGCAUGGAGACUGAUGCACGGCGCCUUGACGACUCGAAGCACGCCAGUAGUCACGCCAAGGCCAUGAAAAAAGAGAAGGAACUCGCUGCUCUCAAGGACGCCUUUGGUAUCCGAGACAAUUAUGUGGAAGGCACAAGUUUCGACGUCGAUUUGCAAGAACAGCGCCGGCUCGAACGAGCGGGCGAACCGACCUCGACUGCAAAACAACGACAGGCAAUUGUCGCCAUCGUCCAAGAAGGACGCAAAGAAGAAUGCAAAGAAGGACUCGAAGAAGGACUCGAGGUCGAAGGAGAAACGUCGUCGUCCCCAGCGCUCUCCGUCAUCCUCAUCAAGCUCGUCAACAUCAUCAUCGAGUUCGUCUUCAUCUUCCAGCGAUUCGUCCUCCUCGAGCGAAUCCGAGUCGGAACGCAAGCCAAGAAUCCGUCGAAUGAGCACCAAGGACAAAACUCGAUCGAAGAGCCGAGACAAGUCUCCGCUGCAGUCGUCCUCCGCACCUGCAGGUCUUCGACCCUCCUCACCUUCGGCUAA